ACUGAUCGGCACUCUGAGAUCAACAGAGAAGAGUUGGCUUAGUGGGUUCUAACAGAAUAUCUCUGAGCCAUGAUGACUCCACUUGUCCUGUGCCUGAUCCUCUCCUCUAUGGGAGGCCAGGCCACAGCCCAGUGGCCAGGUAAUGAGUUAGAACAGGGAGUGGUUGUUGGGCAUGAGACCAGUGACCACUGUGCCUUGUGCUGUGCCAGCCAGGCUACAUAUGCUGCCACCUGUGCACAGGAAAGUCAAGUGUCCAGUUUGCAGACUACCAUUGAGCAACUGCAGAGCCUGCUUUCUAGUCAACAGAAUACUGUUGAACAACUACAGAACAUGGUUUCCAGUCAACAGGCUCAACUACAUAACCAGAUGCAACUGCAGAUACAGACCUUACAAGGAAGACCCCGUGACUGUUCAGACCUGCUGAAGGAAGGGUAUGACAGCAGUGGGAUCUACACCAUCUAUCCCUAUUUCAACGAUGUCCAGCUCAGUGGGAAAAGCAUUGGGGUGUUCUGUGACAUGGGCACAGAUGGUGGUGGAUGGACCGUUUUCCAGCGUCGUCAGGAUGGUUCUGAGGACUUCUACCGGGGCUGGGCUGAUUACAAGGCUGGGUUUGGCAAACUGGACGGAGAGUUUUGGCUAGGUAACGACAAGCUCCACCAGCUGACCAGCCAAGCCCAGUAUGAGAUGCGGGUUGACCUGGAGGAUUUUGAGGGCAACAGUGCGUAUGCGCAGUACCAGGUCUUUACUGUGGGGAGUGAAGCUGAACACUACAGGCUGACUGUUGGGGGAUACAAUGGGACAGCAGGAAACUCCUUGGACUAUGCACAUAACGGGAAGCCGUUCAGCACCAAGGACAGGGACUAUGAUGACUAUCCUGCUUCCUGUGCCCAGAGCUUCAAGGGGGCCUGGUGGUACGGCAGCUGCCACAACUCCAACCUGAAUGGCCUGUACCAUGGAGGUUCCCAUACUUCCUAUGCUGAUGGAGUCAAUUGGCAGACCUGGAAGGGUGAUUAUUACUCGCUGAAGCACACUGAGAUGAAGAUACGUCCCAUAACUAACUAAAGCAGGGAUGUGACAUGUACUAAUUGUAACAUUGUUACAUUGACCAAGGGUCAUCAGCACAACUUUGAAUUACUUGCUAUUCAAUAAAUCUUUCAAUGUUUUUUUGCUAAAGAUGAUAUACAUGUUAAACUUAGCCAACCAUGGUUGUAUCAAUAAAUUUUGCUCUGAAUAAAUUGCCA